GCCGGAGCACAGGCUAAAUGUCUUUCUUCCUAAACAUCAAGAUCUCGUUUGCUUUUUCCGUUCCAAGCCGGGUUUUUACUAAUGGAAUCACACUUUCUUUUCUCGCUUUUACCAUCCACAUUCUAGGACUGUUGAACAAUGGGAUGGAGAAACUAUAUAAGACGCCACAUUGUCCUGCAUGAUCGUCAGUACAACAGGCAAAGAUGCACCAGGUGGUUGGCUGCUACGAGAAAAGCCGGCCCCAAAACGUCUUCUAAAUCUUUUCUACCGAUACUCCGGGUUGGUUUUCCUCGGUACACUUGCAAGAACAUUGUGCGUGCAUUUUGAUGGUGUGAAUAUCACCCGGAAUAGUGUCUACGGUGCAAUAUUUUCGUGGCAAGUGUCGCGAAGCCAACAAGAAAGUGGUUUGAAUCGAGAGAAUCAAGUUUGCCGCAGCUCGAACCAAAUACAAUCCCCGGCGAAACCACCGACCAGCCACCCUUUUUUGGCAAUUAACGAUUCGCUGGAAUAUGGCACUGAAACGGCCGCGAAUUUCCGUGGGCGUGAUGGCCGUGUGCUGCGGAGUGUUGUCCCUAUCUGUCGUGGCGCGUGAAUCUGCAUCGCCCAGUGAAGCCGAAACAGGCGGGCGAAAGUAUGUCGCCGUGCAUCAUCAACCGAUGCAUCCGGGGUCGUUCUCGUCGCCGGCCGCGAUGGAGUGGAUGCCCGUCACCACACCGCUCACGCCCGCCUCGAAACCGAUCGAUGAAGAACGGCACCGUAAGACGAGAGAAGCAUUGCAGUUUUCUCGACCAGCUUUGCCGAGCGAUGGAUCCAUCACUACCAGCCCCACGCCCAGCCAGAUAAGACGCCGCCGAAUGGAGCCUAAAAUCCGGGGCCUUCCCUCUCCAUUGGUGUUCAUGCCGGCGCGUGGUCGCCGUUUUGGCAGCUUUGAGAUUCCAGCAGAAAAGCGACAAAUCACCAUCGAACAGAUGCUGGAGAAGGGCGACUACUUCGUACCGAACCGGGGCAAGAAGGCACCCACGAACGGCGAGCUGAUCAAGAAGGGCAAGUUUGACGUAUUGCUGGGUGGCUCACCCGACGAGUACUUCUUUCCGAAUCGGGGCAAAAAGCAGUACCUUCUGGCGUACGACGCCGGCAGCAACAUAAGACCGCUGGUGACCAACACCGCCCGUGGUGACACGGUUCCGCUUGACGAUAAAGUGAGUAGUUUCGCCGUGCCAAGCUUACAGCACCUUCACCAGCCGCUUGUGAAUCGAUUACGCCGAAAUUUGCUCGAAAAUUUGGCCAACGAGCACAAGGAUACGUUCUUCUCGUCACGUGGCAAAAGGAUUGUACCGAUGGCGCAAGAGCUGAUGUUUUUACCACCAAAGGCACUUUCGGACGAUCAGCAGGACGAUGCUGUACCGGAAGGUUUGACAGAUUCCAGGGCACAAGACUUUACUGGCCAGGAAAAUGAUCUGGAUGCGUUGUUCUGGAACGAGGAUCUUCUCCUUCCUCUAGAGCAAGCUGGCAGUUAAGCAGAAUCGGCAAUGGAAAUAGAAAAAUACCUAAUUGCUUACUCCUGAGUACCACAGGACAACUGAUCUGAACAUGUUGGACAUGCAUUUAUAUGUUUUUCCAUGAAUCUCUCAAUACAAUAUUCAAUGCAGCGAGUUUGUUUUGUACAAUAUAAUUAUGAUCAGCAAUUAAUCAACAUAAACAAAGAAACAAAAUCAAAGUAGAGAAAAAAAACAAAGAAAAAAUACACUAUAUUACUAUAUUUUGUCCAAAAACAGAUAAGUAUACAUCAAACGAAAGACGCUUUGUAGACGAGCGAGUACAUUUAUACAAUAAGACAUCAUAAUUCACGGUCGUUGGGCUAAUAUUAAGAAGACAAAAACAAAGGGAAAAAACAAUGGUUCUUUUCCAAAAUAAAUGCACAUAACGUUAA